AUGCAAAAUGAUCUAGUAAGAGAAACACAUGCGGCUGCUGUCUCGACUCACACCGAUAGUGGCUCUAAAGUCCGCUCAUCAUUCAGAUCAUCAAUGAAGUUUCUAAUGCGCACUCAUCCUGACACUAGCGAGCGAUCCCGAUGGCUUGAUACAAAGGACGCUUCCGCCCGGAAGAUCUCUUCCAACUCUGUCGCCAGUACAUUAUCACGACUCACUAGUCGACUGACCAUUAACCCGACUAUUCGUUGGACCCCUGCUAGCAAAAUUAACCAUGAUACGCCUGAAGGACGGCUGGAAUUCUAUAAUCAGGUAUGCCACAAGCUGCUCAAAAAAUCGAAGCCAACCUGGAGUCCGCACACGAUAGGUGUUGCUGUACCGUACCCAAUGUGUACAUAG